CUUCCCUGACACCAAACUCCUAAGUGUACUGAAGAAAAACAAGCUCUUAAUCCAGGCGCAGCCUGGCACGGCUAGAGAAACAGGCGGCAUUCUCGCGGUGAGAUCCCUGGGUUGAGGCAACCUGGCUGGGGGUUGCGUAGGGAGCCUACCAUCUAUUACUGUUUUAUUGUCAAGGAAACUGAGGCUCAGAGGAACACCUUGGCCCUCACUACUUCCGUGUCGCUCUGGAAACUCAUGUUACUAUAGGGCAAAUUUUUCCACUUCCUCAACUGUGGAUUCAGAAAUACACAGGAUUCAACCACUGAUCUCUGAUCAAAAGCCAGGAGUCAGGAUCCCAGUUUUGUUUUAUCAGCGUUGUCACAGUGCCUGGGAGAGUCUUGUUCUAUCCUCUCUGGACCGUGAAGAGGAUGGAGAGGCACAUGGUCAGGGGACCACUGAAUAAGCACUUCGAUCUGGAGAGGAAGAACGCCAAGCAGGCGGAAGCCAGACUCAGCCAGAAACUGCAGAGACUAGAGGCCAUCUGCCUGCACCACGUGAGGUCGCUGACCAGGGAGCAGCGGCAGCUCCAAAAAGACCUGCAGAGGUUGCAGCAAGAUAUCAUCAAGAAAAGGUUCUCCUCUUACUUUGGCAAUGGGUGUCAGAAGAGACCAGAAGAUGUUCUGGUGUUCUCACCACAGGGAGGGCAGAAGCACAGAGUUCCACAGGCUAAUAAAGUGAGAGCACUGACAGCCGAGAUGACCCAAGAAAUAUACAAAACCAAGUCCCAGGUGCCUCUUUCCCAUCACACUGGUCCCACGAAACGCAAAAGGCAAUCGCUACCUCAAAAUAACACAACGACUCACUUCAUGGAAGAGAAGCCACAAGCCCAAGAGAAAGAUUCUAUAAACCCACCAAAAGCUCAAGACUCCGACAAGGGCGUCUCUCCUCUGUGUCAAGAUCAAGAAGUCUCCCCUCACACCGUAGACCAAGGCCCCGGUUCCAGCCCAGCUGGUGAUAAUGGAAUGGUGUGCAGAGAAGAGACCAGAUCAAAUGAUGCCAGCAUAAGGCCAGACCACAACACUGGGAAACGGAACCCCCUGGAUCCCGCGGAGUGCGCAGGAAACUUCAAAGGCGAGCCCCCAUUGUCAACCUACUUAGAGUUGUUUGCGAAGGCCAGAAACGCCCAUUACCUCCGGCACAGGGUCCCGCCCGAGUCUGAGAGAUUGCUUAGCAUCCGGGAGAUCUUUGGGCACAAGGAAUCCUCGUAGUCCAGAGCAGAAAAGGGGCGUGAGAACAGGGUGACCAGCUAAAUUACUUCCUCUCCAAUCAUCCCAUAUAAUCUCACAACAACACGUGUCAUAAUCACUAAAGAAAAUGUGUUUCUCAAGCAAUGGUAGGAAGCAAUACAAAUAUACAUACAUAUAUAUAUAUAAAUUUUAUUUUAAACCCUAGUUUUUAUUUUCCUUAUGGGAAUAUAAUCUUUCACUGAAUGAGCAACACUAGUAUGAAAAGUGAAGGGAGAGGUGAAUCUUCCGAAACCGUGUUAAGCAGUGUGCACCUGUUGCUGAUGUCAUCAAAAAGGGAACUACUCUGAUGCCUAGACUUUGUCGUAAAGGAAGAAUAUUAAGGGGCUUGCUUACUUUUGCAAGCCUUUUCUUGUAGGAGAUUCUUAUGUUGCCACCUGCUGGCAAAAUGGCAUAGCUCUUCUGUUUGUUUUAACUUCACAUCUAAAAGGAAGAAUAGGAACUCAGUGGAAAAUGAGUACUAUCACGUGGUCUAUAAAUACCCCCACCCUCCUGUCACAGCUCUGUGCUCCUUGUUGAUGCCCUUUCCUUCCUCCUUUCCUUUCCAGGGAGCUCCAUUUCGGUUUUCUCAUUCCCACUUUCAAGCUGCUGUUUUCAAACUGUUUGGAUCCUAAUAAAAGAAUAAUGAACAAUUUACAAGAA